GGAAGCGAGUUGCCUUGGUGCGCACUGCGCAGGGUCUUGCACUCAUCGCCACAGAUCGCUCCAACUUGUAUAAAAUUCUCCCACGCCAUCUUGCGACUUUGGUUGAGCUCCGGACACUUGCAUCAACUAGCCUUCUUCCAGCUCUUGUUCCAAUUACCGUUGGCCAUGGUUCGUCUAUUCUCUGUUUCUUUACUUGCCAUGUUGGCGGGUCUUUCUUCUGCAAAUUCUCUUCCCGCACAAGAAGUUAUGAAUCAGCCGGUGCACACAAUGGAGGGUUGGUCAUGGUCCGAUUGUGGCUCCCCAACAGACGUUGUUCGGUUGAAAUCAAUAAGCCUCUCUCCCGAUCCACCCAAGCCGGGCCAAGACCUGACUGUCACGGUUGUGGGGACUGCUCAACAACGAGUUGAGAAUGGAGCCUAUGCCGACGUUGUCGUGAAACUUGGACUCAUCAAACUUCUCUCGAAGACAUUUGAUGUUUGUGAAGAAGCACGCAACGCAAAUGCAACCAUCCAGUGUCCAGUCGAGCAGGGUGAUUAUACUGUGGUCGAAACGGUUGCUUUGCCGAAGGAGAUCCCUCAGGCCAAAUUCACCGUCGCUGUGAAUGGUUACACUAAGGACGACGAGAAUUUGAUGUGCUUGGAUCUUAAGAUUGAUUUUAUGAAGAACCCCUUCCCAAGAUUCGGGUGGUAAAUUGCAGUUACCUUCAUCUCACAGUGAUAUCCUUUUGCCUGUACCACUAAAUACGUUUAAACCUGGACUAUCAGUCUGCUAUGCAACGUUCAGUUUUUGAUUUGGAAGAAUAAGCUCCUAAAUAGUAAAAUGAG